AUGGCAAAGAAAGCCAAAUUUGAUCGCAAAGCAUCUCCAAAAAAUCCUUCCAGUAAGGAGGAAUCUGAUUCACAUGAUAAAACUCCAAAGAAGUCCAAGGUGGCAGACAAAGGGUCAGCUUCUAAUAAGGGAGUAGGGAGUACUUCAAAGCUUUCCUCCAAAGGCUCAAAACCACCCAAAUUCAUUAGUGAGGAAGCUGAGAUUGCAUACAAAACCGUGUUCUCCAAGAGGAAUGUACUUGGAGAAAGAGAGAUGGAUAGGGCUUGGAUGCAUAUUGAAGAUAGGAUGCGUUCCAACGAAUAUGCUGAGGGCGUAAAAAAAUUCAUAGAUAUGGCGAAGGCCCAUGCACCGGGGAGAGAUUGCAUUAGGUGUCCAUGUAGGCGAUGCCGAAAUCGAUCUUUCCAUCCUAUCUCUAUGGUUGAGGAUCAUUUGUUCAUUGUCGGGAUAGAUACAUCUUAUACGGAAUGGAUAUUCCAUGGCGAGGAGGAAACUUUGCAAUACACCACAUCGUCGGAUGAAGAGGGUAUUGAUGACUAUUCCUACAAUGACUACAUUGAUGAUGUCGACGAGAUGUUAGAUGACAUCCGUGUUGGAUCCUUCAUGGACAAUUCCUCUAGUCCAGAAGGUGAUGCAGACCGAGUUCCCCAAGGACACACCGCUCAUACUCCAAUACCCCCUAACUUCGAUGAGUUGCUAGAUGAUGCCAAAAUGCCACUCUAUCCAAAUUGUUCUAAGUUCUCAAAGCUAUCAUUCAUAGUCAAGUUGCUUCAUAUAAAGACUGUUGGUGGUUGGACUGUGAAGUCGUUUGACAUGGUUAUCAAGCUGUUGCAAGCUGCAUUUCCUCAAGCACAUUUCCCUGCCUCAUAUAACGAGGCUCGCCAAUUACAACGUGGUUUGGGCUUUAGUUACAAAAAGAUACAUGUAUGUCCAAAUGAUUGUGCCUUAUUUUGGAAAGAGAAUGCUGAGAAGGAUGAGUGCCCUAAAUGUAAUGCAUCUAGGUGGGCCUCAAGCACAUCUACCCAACAUAGGUUACCCAAAAAAGUCCUCCGAUAUUUCCCUUUGAAGCCGCGGUUGCAACGAUUGUUUGUGUCAAAGAAGACUGCCCAAGUCAUGAGGUGGCAUAAAACAGAGCGUGUUGAUGAUACCACCCACAUGAGACAUCCGGCAGAUUCACAGGUCUGGAAAGACUUUGAUAGGAAGCAUGCCUCAUUUGCUGAAGAUCCUCGUAAUGUCAGACUUGGUUUAGCGAGUGAUGGGUUCAACCCAUUCAAUAAUAUGAGCAAGCCGUAUAGUAUUUGGCCGGUGCUACUUGUGCCUUACAACUUGCCUCCUUGGUUAUGCAUGAAGGAUCCGUACUUGAUGAUGUCUUUGUUAAUCCCUGGACCAAAGGCACCGGGAAAUGAUAUUGACGUGUUCAUGCGUCCACUAAUAGAUGAGUUGAUAGAAUUAUGGGAAGAGGGAGUUCGUACAUAUGAUGCAUACAAACGAGAAUUCUUUGUGUUGAGGGCGGCAUUGCUCUGGACUAUUAAUGACUUCCCUGCAUAUGCUAAUCUCUCCGGCUGGAGCACAAAGGGUAAGAUGGCAUGCCCUACUUGUAAUGCUGAAACAGAUUCAUUGUGGUUGGUUCAUGGCCGAAAACACUGUUAUAUGGGCCAUCGUCGUUGGUUGGAGGUAGAUCAUAGUUGGAGACGGAAAAAAAGUGCUUUUAAUGGUAAGGAGGAAAACCGUCUCCAACCUAAAUUGAUCACAGGACAUGCUUUAUUGGAACAAUUAAAUGAGGUCUCAGAUGUGCAGUUUGGUAAAUCUAUUUCAAAGAAGAGGAAACGUUUGCCCAAUGAACUUAAUUGGACAAAAAGAAGUAUCUUCUUUUUGCUUCCAUACUGGUUAGACUUGGGAUUAAGACAUAACUUGGACGUCAUGCACAUUGAGAAAAACAUUUGUGAUAAUGUGUUGGGAACUUUGAUGGAUAUUGAGGGCAAAAGUAAGGACACUGCCAAUGCGCGUAGGGAUUUGGAACAUCUUGGACUAAGGAAAGAGUUACAUCUACAACAUGAUGGUGAUCGUACUUCUAUGCAGUGUGCAUGUUACGUGUUAAAUGCAACUGAGCGAAGGAGUCUUUGUGCUCGGUUGGCAGACGUCAAAUUCCCUGAUGGUUUUGCCUCAAAUAUUGCCCGGUGUGUCAACGUUAGUGACGGGAAAAUAAUGGGAAUGAAGAGCCAUGAUUGUCAUAUAUUCAUGCAAUACUUGUUGCCGGUUGUAAUUGGUGGGUUCCUACCUGCUAAUGUGCGUCGAGCCCUAAUAGAGUUGUGCUUGUUUUUCAAAGAAUUAUGUUCUCGAACACUAGAUAAAACAGUGUUGGAACGGCUUCAGCUUAAUAUCCCCAUCAUUCUCUGCAAACUGGAAAUGAUAUUCCCACCUGCAUUUUUCGAUAUCAUGGUACACCUUGCUAUUCAUCUACCGGAUGAAGCGUUGCUAGCAGGACCUGUUCAGUACAGGUGGAUGUACCCCUUUGAGAGGUAUAUGGGUAAGUUCAAGAGGUACGUUCGCAAUAGAGCUCGUCCAGAAGGAUCCAUUGCUGAAGCAUAUGUUCACGUAGAGUGCUUGACAUUUUGCUCUAUGUACCUUAAUGAUAUCGAGACUAGACAUAACCGAGAGGAAAGGAACAUUGAUGUUGGUUUAUGCUCCCAACAGCCAAGUUUAUCUGUUUUCUCCCAAAAGGUUCGCCCAUUAGGUGGGGCAAAAAUAUCUGUAUUGCCUGAUACCGUGUUGUCCAAGGCUGAGUGGUACGUGCUUAAUAAUUGCCCGGAGAUUGAGCACUAUAUAGAUGACCAUUAUAACAAGAUGAAGGAAGAGGGCUUGAGUAACUUCGAGCAUAGGCACCAAAGUCAAUUCCCAUCAUGGUUCAGAGCACGCAUUGCGGAGUUGCAUGCAAUGACUCCUCCCGAGGUGACAGAUGACAUAUAUGCAUUAGCAUGUGGACCAGAUCCACUGGUCGCAUCAUACCAUGGCUGUAUCAUGAAUGGAAUUCGGUUUCACUCGAAGAACCUCGAAACGCGUCGACUCACCCAAAACAGUGGGGUUGUUGUUUAUGGCAACCAUCAAGGUAACCCUGUUGACUACUACGGCCAGUUGACGGAGGUCAUAGAAUUACGCUACAUGGGUUGGCGUAAGUGCUUCUUGUUCAAAUGUGAUUGGUGGGACAUUGGCGACAAGAGAAGAGGGAUACAAGUUGGGGAUCAUUUCACAAGUGUCAAUACUUCGAGGCAAUGGUAUAAAGAUGAGCCUUUCGCCCUAGCCUCCCAAGCAUUGCAAGUGUUUUACAUUAAGGACCCAACUUUGGGGGGAAGUUGGCAUGCAGUACACAAGAUAUCAACUAGGAAUGUUUACAAUAUUGGGCAUAAAUCAUCAGAAUUCCAUGAUGAUGAUGAUGAUGAUUCCUCCACUGUUGACGCAGAAGACGAUAGUGACACUGAUGCUGCGAACUAUGGUCCUGUUGAUGAAAAUGAUGGAUUUCUCAAUCCAUUGACCCGGGUCGGGGAAGAGCAAUUACCAGUUGAUCGAUCAACCAUAUCUAGAUCACAAUUAUCCCCAGGAAGUGAUGAUGAGGACACUGAUAAUGAUGACGUGCAGAACAAUGAUUUUUUGGAUGGAGAACAUAGAUGA